UCUUUUUCAGGAAUUCGAAAAAUCUGGAAUAUUCGAUGCGCAGACGGAACUGGAAAAAGUUCAAAAAGAAGAAGAAGACAAACUUUACGAACAAAUAAAAGAAGAGAGAGAAAGAAAUAUACAGAGGUUGGAGGAGGAAUUAAAGGUCGAAAAGGACAAAUCUGUUCGCGAGUUGGUUUCGACCAUUAAGCGUUACUCGCCACAGAAGGGGGUAACAGGUCUAGAAAAGGAGACAGAAAAACUGGAGGAACAUUUUAAAAAGAAGAGAGAAGAAAAUGUACGGAAGUUAAUGGAUAGACUGAGUGUCGAACAGAAGAAUAAAGUAGCUCUUAUGAUACAGAAACACAGUCAGGCUAUGUUGAUGAUGAUUGCUGAAAGACUUAUGUCUCUAGAGGAGAGAAGUUCGUCAGAUUCCGAUGAUAAAACCUCCCCAGUUUGUGAUCUAUCUCGACCACCUCCUAUAUCACCUCCAGAGUUUAGAAGAUCUCAGUUAUUUAAAAGUCCUGCUGAAUUCGAAGAAGUUGAUAAUCAUGUCUUCCAGGUUGUACAGAAAGAGUAUUCGGCUUUUACUGAUCUGGUUAAAGAUUUAAUAGUUGGAUGUGAAACAGAUCUGGAAAAAGCCAGAGCUAUAUUCCGGUGGAUAACAUGUAAAGAUUUAAAUAAACUAGAUGUUUGUGAGACGGUGAAUCCUGAAUCACCUCUGGGUUUAUUACGUGGCAUUAAAUAUGGUACCGAGACAUACCAUGAUUUAUUUAAACGGCUGUGCAGUUUUGCUGGGUUAUAUUGUGAGGUUAUCCAGGGAUAUUCUAAAGGUGCGGGGUAUAAACCAGGAUUGAAGAUGGACGGAGAAAGGUUCAGGAACUCCUGGACAGCGGUCAGUAUUGAUGGUUCCUGGUGUUUCGUCAACAGCAAUUGGGGAGCCCGACAUGUAAAGGGAAAUAACUCUGCCGACAAAGAAAACAAAAAUCAGUUUUUUUACGAAUGUGAUGAGUUUUAUUUCAUCACAAAUCCCGAGGACCAUAUUUACCAGCACUUUCCUGACGAUUCAAGGUGGCAGCUUCUGGAGUGUCCAAUAUCCUUAUCAGAAUUCAUUAGCCUCCCGGUUGUCAAAUCUUCCUUCUUCAAUUAUGGACUGAAAUUCACGAUGCAUUACGAAUGUAAACAGUAUUCUAAAAAUGGACUUAUAGUGAUACAACUAAGAAUACCAAAUAUUCUGGGCUUCGGAUACACUCUAGAUCCAAAGGACAAGGGCAUAGAGCCGUCAGCAUUGGAAGGACGAGUGAUGUUGUGUAUCAUUGGGCACAAGGCAAUUUUCACAGUAGCGCCGCCUAAACCCGGCAAAUACUCUUUCACAAUAUUUGCCAAAGAUAACUGGUGUUCAGAGUCAUUACAGAGUGCGUGCGCAUUUGAACUCAAGUGCCGUGAACGUCGAGAAAAGAUCAAAAGCCCCUACCCCAAAGUGUCUUUCUUCGGUCCUACUCCGAGUAUGAGUCUUUAUGGUUUAAUUCCUCAAACUCACAUCGACCCGGUCAUGGUUUACAGCCAUGAUGAUAUUGUCAUUCAGUUCGAACUUCAUCAAGAUGUCAAACUAUCGCAUUCAUUGUGUUACCAUGGUAGAGAAAAAACAGAUUAUGACUUUCAGCGAUACGUUUUCAUCAAACAACGAGAUUUUGACUCAGUGUGUUACCAAAUCAGGUGCCCUACAAUGGGCAAGUUUGUGUUUUCCUUAUUUGGAGCCCGUGUUACCUCACCAAAUGACAACAACAGUCCUCUAGAGUGUCUCUUUCGGUAUCUUAUAGAAUGUCGUAACGUUACUAAAGACAAGCGCCCUCUACCUCGCGCAUGUCAUCGAUGGUGUGGUGCUGAUCUUCUCGAACCCAAGUAUGGCGACGUCGGCUUAGAACAAGCUGCUACGUUUCGUGUUCGAGUUCCUGCUGCUUCUGACGUAGCUAUGUUGAUAGGCGAUGCUUGGUUUCAUUUUCGGGAAUUGGCUGACAGUAUUUGGGAAGGCACUGUAUUAACGGGGAAGAAGCCUUGUAUAGCCAAGUUAUAUGGUAAAUUAAACAAAGAAACUAGUAGGUUCUCACCUUUAUUAGAAUUUCAAGUCAAGUGAAAUUUGACAAUUAGCGAUUUUUAUGUGAUUAAUUUAUAUAAAAGAAACUCAUAGAAGGUGGUUAAUACUAGAUUCACACAGGAACAUUAACGCAUUUCGAAGAAAAAACUUCCCUCAGACAAAAUGACGUCAUGAACAGAUUGCGAUAUAACUAUUUAUAUUUAGGGCGUUCUUAUGAGAAUCGCAAUGCACAUAUGAUUAAUCUAUAACUGUUGUCGAAUUUUAAUAUGUUGAUAUAAACACUCAAUUGGUUUUAAUUUGGAAUAGCGUCUAGUCGUUCGUAUGGGACGAAAAACUGGGGUCCCAUGUACACGCUUGUGUGCACGUAGAAGAACCAUUGACAGUUGGAAUCCGAUGAAGUAGACCGAAACGCCAUUGUGCGGAUAAAAUUUCCCUUGUAGUCUUCAUUGGCCCGGGGUUGGUGCAGACAAGUAGGACGCUAAACCUUAUUUCAUUUCAUUUCCGUUUCAUAUUAACAUUCAGUUUCGUCUAUGUACGUAUCAGACGUUACCCUAAAUUAUCUGACGAAGCAAUCCAAUGAUAUCGACUCUGAAAUGUCAUAUAACCACAUUAGUUUUAUCGACUUGGAAGUAUUGUCUUUGACUACAAUAACAAUGUAUAAAAAAUGGACUGGCGUGUAUAGAACAUAUUUUAAAAUCAAUACUAUUUUAUAACUUAGCAUAAAAAUGGUGACUUUAAAUGAAACGAAACCUGUAUAAACUUCCAAAUGCCGUAUUAACAUAUUUGAAUAAUUUUAUGAGUAAAUAUGCUUGUUGAUUGGGUGUGAUCUUAAACUCUGAAUUUGACUUCUACCGACAUGUAUUGUUCCUUUAUCUUAUAAACUUCCUGACAAUUCAAAGACCUAACCCGCCGCACACUAUCCAACUUUUAAUGAGACGGAGCCUAUAACUAGGUCGACAAUGCGCGUUAAGCAAGCAGAAUCUUCUGUUAUACAAUAACAUCUGCUACCAACAAUAAAGUCGAAUAAAAACAUCGAAACUAAUUUGACCAAAAGUUGCAUCGUGUGUGGCUAGCCUUAGGCGCUAUAAUUGUGUUGAUGAUUUAUUGUUAUGUUGUUUUGUCUAAAAAUCAAAUUAGAAUAAUAAUAAAAAAAAAAACGUUGAUUUAUCAUAUUGUUAUGUAA